AUUUCCCAAUAUUUAUUUAUUUAUUCAGCCCAUAUUUAUAUAAGAAAAGAAAUUUUGGGAGAGAAGGAGCGAGAAAAAGGAGAGGGAAAUUGGUGUCAAGAAACAACACAACACAACGUCGCAACCCAAUCAUGGAAGAUGAUCAAGGAUCAACCCCAAAUCCAAAUCCUAACCCUAAUACCAAUUCUAACCCUAACCCUACUCCUAAUCGGAGCAGCAGAGCAGGAGGAGGAUCCAUGGGAAAGUCAUGCAAAGGAUGCCUCUACUACUCAUCUAUUCAGAAAGCCAAAUCCAACAACCCCACUUGCAUUGGCUUCUCCACUACUCUUCAAAAAGUACCUGACUACAUUGUGGGAGAAACUGAAUUCGAAGCUUCUAAAGAGGGCCGCAGCUUUACGGAUUUUAAGUACGCUUGUGUAGGUUACUCAGUGUUUUUGGAUAACAAAGAUUCUUCUCCAAAUGAUCCACAGAACAAACAAGCAGAAUUGCCAUUUUGUGUCGGCCUUGAGGUGUUAUUGGAUAAAAGGCCUGAAGGUCAAACAGCUCAAACUCAUGCUCCGGCUCAUGCUUCUACUCAUGCUCAUAAAAGUGAAGAAAAUGAUCAUCCUCAUCCUCAUCCUAUCCCUCAGCCUCGAACGUACAAACCAAUGCAUACAGCAGGAGAUGAAUACCUUAACAGGUUUAAGAGGAAUGCAAUCUUAGUAGCAUCGGGUGUAGCGAGGAAUGUGAAUAGGGUGUGUAGCCACAUAAAAGAGAGCUUGGAUGACAUUCUAUACCCUUACCGGAGACGACCCAAGUAAGCAGUGUUAAUUGCAAUUACAGUGUAAAAUGGAAGAGGGUAAAAAAGAAGCAAAAGCCCUUUUGCCAGAUCUGGCAUUUUCCAGUUAAUUAUGAAUUUUUUUCUUACUGAAUAUAUACUUCUGCUGCUCUCUCUUCCUGUAUUAUGAAAUAAUGCUCAGGGCUCUUUUCUGCUGGAUAUUGUGAUAAAGUCAUAUAAUGACACAAAUCAAUCCUACAUUUUAUUUAUUUGAUCACUAUAAAA